GAUGUCUGUAAUGCGUCCUCAGCGAGCGGCGUGCCCCGCGGGUGAUGUCCACCAUGGUGUACCCUCGAGAAGAGGCGCUGGAGCGUCUGACGCAGGACGAGAUCGUGCUCAACACCAAAGCGGUGAUGCAGGGCUUGGAGACUCUGCGAGGGGAACACGCUCAGCUCCUCAACUCCAUCCUGGACUGCGCUCAGCCGCCCGUCGCUCAGGAGAAAUCCAGCCUGCUCCGCAAGAGCCUGGAGGACAUCGAGCUGGGGCUGGGAGAGGCGCAGGUGAUCAUCGCCCUGUCGGGUCACCUGAGCGCGGUGGAGUCGGAGAAGCAGAAGCUGCGAGCUCAGGUGCGUCGCCUCUGUCAGGAGAACCAGUGGCUGCGGGACGAGCUGGCCGGCACCCAGCACAAGCUGCAGAAGAGCGAGCAGAGCGUCGCACAGCUGGAGGAGGAGAAGAAACACCUGGAGUUCAUGAACCAGAUCCGCAAGCUGGAUGAAGACGCCUCGCCCUCCGAGGAGAAGGCCGGGGAGAAGGAGAAGGACAACCUGGACGACCUGUUUCCAAACGACGACGACCAGGGACCAGCUCAGCCCAGCGGUGAAGCGGCGGCGCAGCAGGGAGGUUAUGAGAUCCCGGCCCGUCUGAGAACGCUUCAUAACCUGGUGAUCCAGUACGCCUCUCAGGGCCGCUACGAGGUGGCCGUGCCGCUCUGCAAGCAGGCUCUGGAGGACCUGGAGAAAACCUCCGGACACGACCACCCAGACGUGGCCACCAUGCUCAACAUCCUCGCCCUGGUCUACAGGGAUCAGAACAAGUACAAAGAGGCGGCUCACCUGCUGAACGACGCUCUGGCCAUCAGAGAGAAGACUCUGGGGAAAGAUCACCCCGCCGUGGCCGCGACCCUCAACAACCUGGCCGUGCUGUACGGCAAGCGAGGGAAACACAAGGAGGCCGAACCGCUCUGCAAGAGAGCGCUGGAGAUCCGGGAGAAGGUUCUGGGUAAGUUCCACCCCGACGUGGCGAAGCAGCUCAAUAAUCUGGCCCUGCUCUGUCAGAAUCAGGGCAAGUAUGAGGAAGUGGAGUAUUAUUACCGCAGGGCGCUCGAGAUCUACGAGAACAAGCUGGGCGCAGACGACCCUAAUGUGGCCAAGACCAAAAACAACCUGGUGAGGACCGCUCCGCUCCGCUCGUCUUCUGUGCUCAGCAUCGCUUGCUUAACUUAGUCUUUUCAAAAUUGC